AUGGUGUGCACCAGGAAAACCAAAACUUUAGUGUCCACUUGCGUGAUUUUGAGUGGAAUGACUAACAUCGUCUGUCUCCUGUACGUGGGCUGGGUCACCAACUACAUUGCCAGUGUUUAUGUGAAAGUGCAGGAGCCGAUCUCAGAAAAAAAGUUAGAGGAAGACAAAGGGGACACUUUAAGGAUUAUAGAAAGGCUGGACCAUUUGGAAAAUGUCAUCAAGCAGCACAUCCAAGAAGCUCCACUAAAGCCAGAAGAAAAUCCUGCUGAAGCGUUCACUGACUCCUCUCUCUUUGCUCACUGGGGCCAGGAUCUCAGUCCCGAGAACAGACGAAUCGCACUGAAACAGUUCCAGUAUUAUGGCUACAAUGCUUACCUGAGCGAUCGCCUGCCGCUGGACAGACCCCUGCCUGACCUCAGGCCUAACGGGUGCAGAAACCUUACAUUUCCUGACAGGCUUCCUGAGGUCAGCAUUGUAUUCAUAUUCGUUAAUGAAGCUCUCUCGGUGAUUCUGCGCUCCGUUCAUUCAGCCAUUGACCGGACUCCUGCUCACCUUCUCAAAGAGAUUAUUUUAGUUGAUGAUAACAGUAAUAAUGAAGAGCUCAAGGAGAAACUAAAUAAGUACGUUGGUGAAGUGAAUGCCCAUAAGCCCGGGUUCAUCAAGGUUGUUCGACACAGCAAACAAGAGGGGCUGAUUCGAUCUCGAGUUAGUGGAUGGAGAGUAGCCACAGCACCAGUAGUUGCUCUCUUUGAUGCCCAUGUGGAAUUCAAUGUGGGAUGGGCUGAACCAGUGCUCACUAGGAUAAAAGAAAACAGGAAAAGGGUCAUUUCUCCUUCAUUUGAUAACAUUAAGUAUGAUAAUUUUGAAAUAGAGGAGUAUCCCCUUUCAGCACAGGGGUUUGACUGGGAGCUGUGGUGCCGAUACCUGAAUCCUCCUAAGUCAUGGUGGAAACUGGAGAACACAACUGCUCCAAUAAGAAGUCCUGCAUUGAUUGGAUGCUUCAUAGUAGACAGAGAAUACUUCCAAGAGAUUGGCUUGUUGGAUGAAGGCAUGGAAGUAUACGGAGGAGAGAAUGUGGAGCUCGGAAUCAGGGUAUGGCAGUGUGGAGGAAGUGUUGAGGUUCUGCCUUGCUCCAGGAUUGCCCACAUUGAAAGAGCACAUAAACCCUACACAGAAGAUCUCACUGCUCAUGUCCGGAGAAAUGCACUAAGGGUGGCUGAAGUCUGGAUGGAUGAAUUUAAAAGCCAUGUCUAUAUGGCAUGGAACAUACCCCAGGAGGACUCCGGAAUUGAUAUUGGUGAUAUAUCUGAGAGGAAGGCUUUGAGGAAAAAGCUCCAGUGCAAGACCUUUAGGUGGUAUCUUGUCAGCGUGUAUCCAGAAAUGAGAAUGUAUUCAGAUACCAUCGCCUAUGGGGUGCUGCAGAAUUCCCUGAAAAGUGAUUUGUGCCUUGAUCAAGGGCCGGACACGGAGAAUAUCCCAAUCAUGUAUAUCUGCCAUGGGAUGACACCUCAGAAUGUUUAUUACACAAGCAAUCAGCAGCUCCAUGUGGGUGUUCUGAGUCCCACUAUCGACGAUGAUGACAACAGAUGCCUGGUGGAUGUGAACAGCAGGCCCAGGCUCAUUGAAUGCAAUUAUGCCAAAGCCAAGAGAAUGAAGCUUUACUGGCAGUUUACUCAGGGAGGUCCAAUCCAGAACCGGAAAUCCAAGCGUUGCCUGGAAUUACAGGAGAACAAUGAAAACGAAUUUGGAUUUCAGCUCGUCCUUCAGAAAUGCACUGGACAGCGCUGGUCUAUAACAAAUGUCCUGAAGAGCUUGUCAGCAUAGCAGACUAAAUUUUUUACCCAUUUCUUUUGCUACUGUGUAGCAAAUAUUGCAUUGUUGCCUGCUGUACUGUAUUCCUCUCACCUCCCACCCCCCCUGUUUCUUUUUUUUUU